AUGAUGUUUAUUAUAAAAAGUAAUAUGAACAUUACAUUAUUUCAUAGCAAACACCUGAAAAAAUACAAACGAAUUGGUUGUUACUGUUAUUCUAUAGACUUUAAACACGGAGAAAAUCAAAUAUUACCCAAGAAGUAUGAACCUAAAAUAGUUGAAAAGUCCAAAAAUACUGUAUUGCCCAAUAUUAAAAGCUUAAAUCAUAAUACUGACAAUCGAAAGACUUUUUCUAUCAUAUUGCCACCACCAAACAUCACUGGAUCUUUGCAUUUGGGCCAUGCCCUUACAGCCACUAUACAGGAUAUUAUUGUCCGAUGGUACAGAAUGAGAGGUGUUGAUGUAGUAUGGGUACCAGGUACUGACCAUGCUGGUAUUGCUACCCAAGUAGUUGUAGAAAAAAAAUUAUUUGCUGAAAAAAAUGUUAACAGACAAGAUAUUGGUAGGAAAGCUUUUAACCAAGAAGUGAUAAAAUGGAAAGAGAGCAAAAUUUCAAUCAUUAGAAAUCAAUUGAAAAAUCUUGGCGUAACAUUAGAUUGGAACAGAGAGACUUUCACAAUGGAUGAAAAGCAAAACAGAGCUGUCAAUGAAGCUAUUAUAAGAUUAUUUGAUAGUAAACUCCUAUACCGAAAAUAUUCAUUAGUUAAUUGGUGUUGUUCUUUACAAUCUACAGUUUCUGAUAUUGAAAUAGAUCAUAAAGAAAUUUUGGGAAGAACUUAUAUUAGCUUACCAGGAAAUAAUAGACCUGCAGAGUUUGGUAUUCUCACUGAUAUAGCUUACAAAAUUCACAAUUCUGAUCAAGAAAUUAUUGUAUCAACAACUAGACCAGAGACUUUACUUGGAGACGUAGCAGUUGCUGUAAACCCUGAUGAUGUUAGGUAUAAAGGACUUAAUGGUGUUAAAUUAUGGCAUCCUUUUAGGAAAUGUACCAUACCUUUAAUUUAUGAUCAUUCCGUUGACAAACAUUUUGGAACAGGGGCAGUUAAGUUGACUCCUGCUCAUGAUGUUUUUGAUUUUGAAUUAGCUGCCAAACAUGAUCUUCCCAUAAUCAAUGUUAUUGAUGAAUCUGGAAAUAUUAACUGCGAAUACGAUGAAUUUAAUGGUCUACCAAGAUAUGAAGCUAGAACUGCUAUAGUUCAAAAAUUGAAAGAAAUGAAUUUAUUAAGAGACUCAAAAGAACACAAGAUGUCAAUACCUAUAUGUAGCCGCACUGGUGAUAUAAUAGAACAUCUACCAAAACUCCAAUGGUUUAUAAAUUGUAAAGAAAUGGCCCAAAAAGCAUCUGAAUCAUUAAGAAAUGGUAAAUUAACUAUUGAACCUACUCAUUAUCAUAAUCAAUGGUUCUUAUGGCUUGAUAAUUCUAAAGAUUGGUGUGUAUCUAGACAACUCUGGUGGGGCCAUAGAUUGCCAUUAUUUGAAACUAAAUAUGGUUGGAUUUCUGCACAUAAUACAGAUGAAGCUAUUAAAAAAAUUGGAGCUAAAAUUAAAUUAUCAGAAAAAGAAAUGGCCACUUUGGAUAUUAGACAAGAAGAAGAUGUACUAGAUACUUGGUUUUCCUCAGCAUUGCUACCAUUCUCUUCAUUUGGCUGGCCUGAUGAGACGGUAGAUUUAAAGAAAUAUUACCCUUUGAGUGUUAUGGAAACUGGACAUGAUAUUCUAACAUUUUGGAUUGCUAGAAUGGUGAUGCUAGGAACAUUUUUAACAGGAUCACUUCCUUUUAAAAAUGUGGUUUUACAUGGUAUGAUAUGUGAUAGCCAUGGUAGAAAAAUGUCCAAAAGUCUAGGAAACGUUGUAGAUCCUGAAGAUAUCAUUAAUGGAAUUUCAUUAGAGGAUUUACAAAACAAAGUUAAAGCCAAUGCUAAAUCGGGUACAAUAUCAUAUGAUGAAUUAGAAAAGGCCUUGGUGAGGCAAAAAAAACUAUUUCCAGAUGGUAUUAAAGAGAGUGGUACGGAUGCCCUAAGACUAACUCUUGUUUCUCAAAACAUUAAAAAUCAAGUAAUUCACUUUGAUGUGAACGAAUGUUAUCAAAAUCGCAUGUUUUGUAAUAAAAUAUGGCAAGCUACAAGAUUUGUACUAAUGUGGGCAAAAGAAAAAAAAGUCCAUGAUUAUAUAUCACCAACUCCCAGUAAUAUGAUCCAAUUUUGGAUACUGAGUCGUUUGGGAGAUUGUGUUCAUAAAAUUAAUAACUCGUUCCAAAAUUAUGAUAUUUACAUAGCCACAAAUAAAUUGAGAAAAUUUUUUUACAAUGAGUUCUGUGAUGUUUUUUUGGAAACAUGUAAACCUAUUUUUGAUCAUGGUACUGACGAAGAGAUUCAAACAACUUGCAAAGUGCUAUUAUAUGUUCUGGAUACAUCUCUCAGACUCAUGAAUCCACUUAUGCCUUUUUUGUCAGAAACCCUUUAUUGUGCCUUACCUGGAAAAAGUAAUACACCAAUAGCAUAUACUAAGUUUCCAGAACCAAUUGAAUAUACGCAAUGGCUUAAUGAACAGUUAGAUGCUGAUAUGAGAACAGUGAAGGAUAUAGUUACAGCAAUACGUAGAAUUCGAUCAAUAAAUAAUUUUAGCAAAGAUCAGUCUGAAAUUAUACUACAUUCAAAAUGUCAUAAAUUAUUACAUAAGUAUGAAGAUAUUAUUCAACAUUUAUCAGGAUCAACUUUGUGUUUUGUUGAAGAAAAUUCUAAUUUAAAGUUGAAUUCAAUUUCUGAUAUAGUUGGUGAUCAUACUGAAAUUCAUCUUCUUUUAAAAGGUGGAAGUUUAGAAUACAAAAAAUAUUAUAGUAUAUUAAAUUCAAGACGUCAACGUUUACAAAAACAAGUAAUGAAAAUGGAAAAAUCACUAUCUUUAAGUAAAACAUUUAAAAAUAGUACAGAGAAUUCGAGAGUGGCACGAGGAGAUAAGAUGCAUUCGUUAAUGGAAGAAAUAAAUAGAAUCAGCAUGUACAUGAAAACUAUCAAGGACAAAGAAUUAGUAGCUGAUUAA